CAAGGAGGAAGCUCUUGUCCAUUGGAAAACAAUAAGGUUAUGCCACCCCACAGGUUGACUGGAAGUCCAACCGUGAAAGAGAAGGGCUGAUCCCCCGACCCCUGAGCUCCCACCGCCGCGCCCCUCACGGUCCCCAUGGCCACAGGAGGCCAUGCCCCCGAGACAGACGUGUUGAUCAACCUGCAUCAGGUUCUGGCUGAAGAGGAGAGGGAUCCCACUGAAGCAGAGGAAGAUGAGUCUGAAGACUUGGAGAAGGCCCUGUCUGUGGAGCGCUUUGGGGACAUCAUCUUGGAGUCCGCGGCCAACGGCGCAGAGAAAAUGGGCCGCAGCUACAAUGAGAAAGACUUUGAGUACCACCGGCACAUGUUCCACCACACCCACCACCCGCUCUCCACCCACCUGCCCCCGCCGCAGCGCCUGCGCAAGAGGGUGCUCAGCAUGGACCGCCGGCGCAAGAAGAAGCGCAAGAAAAAGAAGACCUCCAUGCCCCCUUCCGAGGUGACCCCCACCAUCCACGAGGUGGACGAGGAGGAGGCCGAGUCCGACGCUGAGGGCCAGGGCCCUGCGGCCACACCCACGGAGGCGCCUGAGGACCAGCCGCAGUUUAGUUUGGGCAGUGAGGAGGACCUGGCGGCUCCCCAGCCUUCCAGCAGCUUCCACAUGGAGAGCGAACGCCCCCCGGAUCCCCAGGAGCCCAUGCCCGCCAAGGAGAAGCCAGAGGAGCAGGAGGAGAUGCAGGAGCGCCAGGAGGAGGAGGAAGAGGAGGACGAGGCCCCCAGCAGGUUCAGUCCAGCUGUGGAGCCGGCCAGCAUGAGCACGCGCGGCUGGUUCCGCCGCAAGCCCCUGCAUCGCCUCCCGGGGGCGCAGCGCACCAGCUACGACCUGCGGGAGCGCAUCUGCAUCGGCAGCAUGACCGCCAUGGAGACGGCCGUCUACCAGAAGGUGCCCACCGACGAGGCCGAGGCCCAGAUGCUGGCCAGCGCCGACCUGGACGACAUGAAGAGUCACCGAUUCGAGGACAAUCCCGGGGUGAGGCGUCACCUGGUGAAGAAGUCCUCGAGAUGCCUGGUGCCCAGGACCAGCAACAGCUCGCCUCCGCUGACCAGUCUGAAGAAGAGGAAGAGGGCAGCCGACAAGAAGACCCACGAGGUCUUUGUGGAGCUUAAUGAGCUGAUCACUGACAAGAACCAGGAGAUGCGCUGGAAGGAGACGGCGCGCUGGAUCAAGUUCGAGGAGGACGUGGAGGCGGACACUGACCGCUGGGGCAAGCCCCACGUGGCCUCGCUCACAUUCCGCAGUCUCCUGGAGCUCCGCAGGACCAUCACUCACGGUGCCAUACUGCUGGACCUGGAGCAGACCACUCUGCCAGGCAUUGCCCACUUGGUGGUGGAGACUAUGAUCAUCUCGGACCAAAUAAGGGCUGAAGACCGGGCCAACGUUCUGCGGGCCUUGCUGCUCAAACACAGCCACCCAAACGAUGAAAAAGAGGGCCUUUUCCACCGGAACCAUUCGGUCAACAGCCUGGGGAGCUUCCGUAACCAUAACCACGUGCCGGACACUGCCUUGCCCCUGGUUCCCGAGGACCAUUCAGAGAGGCGCAGCAGCAAGGCAACUGACCACGAUAAAGAGGUGUUUGGUAGCUUAUUUAAAUCGCUCCACCCUCUCCCCGCUGAGAGCCACGCUGCCGCCAGGUCCAUGAAGCUCAUGGCAAAGAUUCCCAAAGAUGCUGAGGCCACUGUGGUCCUCGUGGGCUGCAUGGAGUUUCUGGAGCAGCCUACCAUGGCUUUCGUUCGGCUCAGCGAAUCGGUUCUCCUGGAGUCAGUGCUGGAGGUGCCGGUCCCUGUCCGCUUCUUGUUUGUACUGCUGGGCCCAAGUCAGUCCAAUAUGGACUACCAUGAAAUUGGACGCUCCUUCUCAACACUCAUGUCUGACAAGAAUUUUCAUGAGGUAGCCUACUUUGCCGACGAUCGUCAGGACCUGUUAAAUGGCAUCAACGAGUUCCUGGACUGCAGCAUUGUGAUUCCGCCCUCUGACGUGGAGGGCAAAGACCUGCUGAAGACUGUGGCCUCCUUCCAGAAGCAGAUGCUCCGCAAGAGGAAAGAGAGGGAGCAGAAGAAGUGUAUGAACGCAGCGCCAAAAACAGAGCAAGAGGCUAAGGACAUGAGUACGGACGAGCAGGAGGAAGAGGACGUGCUGGAGGUGGACCCACUCAAGCGCUCUGGGAUCCCCUUCGGAGGCCUGAUCCAUGACAUCCGCCGGCGCUACCCCCACUACGUUAGCGACCUGAAGGACGCCCUGGACUCCCAGUGCCUCGCUGCAGUCAUCUUCAUCUACUUCGCUGCCCUGUCACCCACCAUCACCUUUGGGGGUCUCCUGGGGGAGAAAACACAGGGCAUGAUGGGAGUGUCUGAGCUCAUCAUCUCCACGGCAACAGUGGGGAUAAUAUUCUCACUGUUAGCUGGUCAGCCACUACUCAUCAUUGGUUUCUCUGGACCUCUGCUGGUCUUUGAGGAGGCUUACUUUAAGUUCUGUCAGGCUCAGGGCUUUGAGUACCUGACGGGCCGGGUCUGGAUCGGCUUCUGGCUCAUCUUCAUCGUGCUGGUGAUGGUGGCGGCCGAGGGGAGCUUCCUGGUGCGCUACAUCUCGCCCUUCACCCAGGAGAUCUUCGCCUUCCUCAUCUCCCUCAUCUUCAUCUAUGAAACCUUCUCCAAACUCAUGAAGGUGUUUAAGGAGCACCCUCUGAUGAAAAGCUACCCGGCUGGCCUGCCAGAUGCGGCUUUCUUUGACCCGGAGCAUCCAGAGCCUCUGCUCAACCAGCCCAACACGGCCCUGCUCUCUCUGGUGCUCAUGUUCGGCACCUUUUUUGUGGCCUUCUUCCUCAGAAAGUUCAGGAACAGCAGGUUCCUAGGCGGGAAGGCUAGAAGAAUCAUUGGAGACUUUGGCAUUCCAAUUUCCAUCCUUUUCUCUGUAAUCGUGGACUACUCCCUCCCUGACACCUACACUCAGAAGCUCAACGUGCCCUCGGGUUUCUCGGUCACAUCUCCCGACAAGCGAGGCUGGUUUAUCAGCCCCUUCGGCGAUAAACAGCCCUUCCCUGUCUGGAUGAUGGGCGCGUCGGUGGUGCCCGCCCUGCUCGUCUUCAUCCUCAUCUUCAUGGAGACGCAGAUCACCACGCUCAUCGUAAGCAAGAAGGAGCGUCGGUUGGUGAAGGGUUCUGGCUUCCACCUGGACCUGCUGCUCAUCGUCAUCCUGGGCUCUGUCUGCCCACUGUUUGGCCUGCCCUGGCUGACCGCAGCCACUGUGCGCUCGGUCACGCACGUCAACGCCCUGACCGUCAUGAGCAAGGCCACGGCUCCUGGGGAGAAGCCCAUGAUCCAGGAGGUCAAAGAGCAGAGGGUGACCGGGAUGUUGGUGGCCAUUCUAGUGGGCAUGUCCAUUGUGCUGUCGGAUUUGUUGCGGAUCAUCCCCCUGGCUGUGCUGUUUGGUAUCUUCCUCUACAUGGGGGUCACUUCUCUGACUGGUAUCCAGCUAUAUGAGCGCAUCACCCUUAUGUGCACUCCCGCCAAGCACCACCCCGAUCACAUCUAUGUAACCAAGGUGAAGACCUGGCGCAUGAACAUGUUCACCAUCAUCCAGCUGUUGUGCAUCAUCCUGCUGUGGGUGGUGAAGUCCACGGUGGCGUCGCUGGCGUUCCCCUUCAUCCUCAUCAUGACCGUGCCGCUGCGCCGCCUCAUCCUCGCCCGCAUCUUCGAGGAGCGUGAGCUCCAGGCGUUGGACGGCGAUGAGGACUCACCCAACUUCGACGAGGACGGCCGCGAUGAGUAUAACGAGAUUCACAUGCUUGUUUAGACACAGUCCCAGUCCCUGCCCAAGCCCUCGUGAGCUCGCCUCUCUACCACCACUGACUAAUCCAAGCAAGCCACCAAACGAGAACUCUUGUUGUGACUCGGGUAUGUGUAUUUCAUGGAAGUAUGCGACGACUACCAACAAAGCCCGUGGCAACACUCCUACACACAGGGAAGUCGAGUGUGAAUCUUCACAGCUUGUAAUUAGUCUAUGUAAAAAAAAGAAGAUGAAGAAAUGAAGUACCAUGUUUCACUGUUCCUUUUUGCUUAUGUCUUUUUACUUCUUUUACUGUUUUUUAAAUAUGUAUUUUGUCCAAAGAAGUGGCCUCCCAAUUUAGAAGCAUUAGAUAUGGACCAUGCACCUUAAACUCCUUACGCCAUAGUUCAAACAGACUCUCAUUUAACUCUGGUCAGUGACUAAAUUUGUUUGGAGCCGUUGAGUUUGGCGUCAUGGCAACGUAAACAAAUUACUCGGCUUCUCAAUCAGCUCUUGUUUUGUUUGAUUUUGUUCGACCAUAUAUAGGUAAGGCAGUUUGUGAACUGGGACCCACUGAACGUGUUUCUACGUGUUCAGUUGAGUCUGUUGAAUCUAAAGCCCAGUUUGUGCUUUCUUAUGUACUGUAUGCACUGGCCAUAGGGUUUGAAUGUCUCUGUAGCACUUGAACUUUAAUGGAAAUACCAUUGGGAAGGGAAGGACUAGGCCAGUCUCUGUGUGCAAUUCCUGUGACGGUAUGCCUUAGUGCGGUAUGGUGGGUUUUAUGCAGUAGUGCUGUGCAGUUGGACUGAGCUCGUCCCCUUAGGCUCAACACGAUUAAGCUUCUCUUUUUUACUCACCAUAGAGCGUUUACACUAACUCCUCUGCCAUUAUAUUACAGUGCAGCUCCACCCCAAACAAAUGCACUGCAUGUUUUUUUAGACACGUACAUUCUUGUGUGGUAGCUUUUAAUGUGUCUUUCUUUAUUAAAAAACGGUCAGCAUUUAGAUUCCCAUAUGAGAUUUUGAAGUCACCACCAU